UCUCUCUCGUUCUCGCCUCACUCAGCCUUCGCGCGCUCUCUCUCUCGCUUUCCGAUUAGUUAUUCAUGCUUGGAAGAGCUCUUCCACUAAGACCUACUUUAACUUUAAUGGAGUACAAAAUUGUCUGGACUUAAUUACUUUACAGUGGUGAAGAAGCUGUCAGCUGCACUGAUUACAUUUUUAAUUACACGCUGAAGUCUCUUUUAAGAAUUCACCUGUGAGCAAUAAUGUGUUUAUAGUGUGUGUGUCGUGAAGGUGAGAGAAUGGACAUCAACAUGGUGUUGGGAGGUCAGGACAGUGUGCUGUUGGCUAGCAGUCCUGACCAGGUGGUCAGCCGUCUUAAACAUCCCUGUGAGGAGCAGGAUCGAAGCUGCAGCCCUUCUGUCCUGUGCUCUGUGAGCAGCACAUGGAAGGACGGCCUUCUGAACCGGAAACGGCCAUUUGUAGGAAGAUGCUGUCACUCUUGCACGCCCCAGAGUCAGGGGAGACUUUUUAACUCCAGCAUCCCCUCAUUAGGACUUCGCAAUGUAAUUUACAUCAAUGAGACACACACAAGACACCGAGGCUGGCUGGCCCGGAGACUCAGCUAUGUGCUCUUUGUCCUGGAGAGAGAUGUCCACAAAGACAUGUUUGCCCGCAAUGUGGUAGACAACGUCCUCAACAACACCAGGGUGCAGAGCGCUAUAGAGGAGGUGGCAUCAGAGACAAAACCAGACCAGAAGGCCGCGAGUAAAGUGAGGCGGAAGGCCAGAGGCUUUCUGCAGGAAAUGGUGGCCAACAUCUCCCCUAGCCUCAUCAGGUUGACCGGAUGGACGUUGUUGAAACUGUUUAAUGGCUUCUUCUGGAGCAUUCAGAUCCAUAAAGGUCAGCUGGAGAUGGUGAAGAAAGCUGCCUCUGAGUACAAUGCUCCACUGGUCUUCCUGCCUGUGCACAAGUCUCACAUCGACUACCUUCUCAUCACCUUCAUCCUUUUCUGUCACAACAUCAAAGCCCCGCACAUUGCAGCUGGCAACAAUCUCAACAUCCCCAUCUUUAGCACAUUGAUUCGCAAACUGGGAGGAUUCUUCAUUCGCCGUAAAAUGGAUGAGACCCCAGAUGGAAAGAAAGAUGUUCUUUAUAGAGCGCUGUUACAUGCGUACGCAGAGGAGUUGUUGCAGCAGCAGCAGUUUUUGGAGGUUUAUCUAGAGGGCACACGUUCUCGCAGCGGAAAGCUGUCUCCAGCACGUGCUGGCAUACUGUCCAUCGUGGUUGACACCCUGUGUGCCGGUGCCAUUCCGGACGUGCUCAUCGUGCCCGUCGGCAUCUCCUACGACCGCAUUAUUGAGGGCAACUACAACAGCGAGCAGCUGGGAAAGCCCAAGAAGAAUGAGAGCCUGUGGGGCGUGGCCUGUGGUGUGUGGAGAAUGCUCCGGAAGAACUACGGCUGUGUGCGCGUGGACUUCACUCAGCCUUUCUCUCUCAAGGAGUAUCUUGAUACUCAGCGAAGUCGAAAUCUGCCAGCCCCUCUGACUCUAGAGCAGAUCCUCAUCCCGACCAUCAUCGCAGCUCGGCCAGAUGAAGCUGUGUUUAAUAGAGAAGAAGAAGAACACCCGGAUUCCAGAGAGCUGUCUGAUGAGCCCUGGAGAAGGCAGGUCAUCUCUAACCUGGCCAAGCACAUUCUCUUCACCGCCAACAAGUCCUCUGCAAUCAUGUCUACUCACAUUGUGGCCUGUCUCCUGCUGUACAGACACAGACAGGGUGUGUUGUUGUCCAAGCUGGUCGAGGACUUCUUUAACAUGAAGGAAGAGAUCCUUUCACGGGACUUUGAUCUGGGUUUCUCAGGGAACUCUGAGGAUGUGGUGAUGCAUGCCCUCAACCUGCUAGGAAACUGUGUGAACGUGACCAGCACUAACAAGAACACCGAGUUCAUCAUUGCCCCAAGCAACACUGUGCCAGCGCUCUUUGAGCUCAAUUUCUACAGCAACGGCCUCUUUCACGUCUUCAUUGCUGAUGCCAUCAUAGCUUGCAGCGCUCUGGCCAUGCUGAGGGAGCAGAUCACAGAAGGUGAACUCGGCACCUCCUCCACUCUGCUCAGCCAAGAGAGACUCAUCUGCCGAGCAGCAGGGCUCUCCCACUUCCUCUCCAAUGAGGUCAUCAUUGCCCUGCCUUGUCAGACUGUCUACCAGGUCUUCCAUGAUGCCGUGACCAGACUGAUCCAGUACGGAGUACUGAUUGUUGCAGAUGUGGAUCAGGAGGAACUGAGCCCCUCAGAGGAACCCUGGCCUAAGAAGUUCCCAGAGCCUCUGUCCUGGAGGAGCGAUGAGGAGGACGAGGACAGUGACUUUGGAGAGGAGCAAAGGGACCGGUAUCUGAAGGUGAGCCCGUCCUCUGAACACCAGGAGUUUUUCACUUUUAUGCAGCGAGUGCUCAGCCCGGUGCUGGAAGCCUACAGCGGGGCGGCCAUUUUUGUACACAGCCUGCUCUCGCCCAUGACUGAGAGAGAGUACACACAGAAGCUCUUCAAAUACCUACUCACACGCACUGAGAAAGGGGUGGCAGCCUAUGGAGAGAGCGCUACACACUACCUCGUGAAAAAUACAGUCAAAACAUUUAAAGAACUGGCGGUGCUGAAGGAGCGCUGUGAGAAUGGUGUGUGUCGUCUGGAGCUGAGCGCUACGUUCCAAACUCAGGCCAACAGAAACAAGCUCCUACAGUACAUCCUGGGCUUCGGCCUGCUGUGAGAAAUCAGAUUCGUUUCUCCACCUUGCUCAAGGGCUUCUACAGGCUACAACAGCUGUCAAAGGUGCUACUCUAUGGAAGAUCUACCUAGACGUGCCUUCAGCAAACACCUAGGACUGGGUCACGGCCAACGUGCGCAAUUUAUUUCUUUCAUACCUGUGACAUAGGAUGGUUAUGCAGCUAGCGUAUGUGUCGUGAUAUCUGAUUUUCUGCUUUUGCUUUAGGUUUUGUUUGAGUCUUAUUUUAGCUCAGAGAAGUACAGGAAUGUCUCACUAUAUGUAUAUAAAUUGUCUUCAAUUGAAACCAGUGUACUUGUUUGGUGUAGAUAAUUCAUUUUAAGGGCAUUAAACUGACUAUAACUGCUGGGCAGCCUGUAUAUAGAAAGUGUAGUUCCUAUCUUUCCCAGACUGUCCUGUACAUGUUAUGUGUAUGCGUGUGUUUUAUAUAUAUAUAUAUAUAUAUAUAUAUAUAUAUAUAUAUAUAUAUAUAUAUAUAUAUAUAUAUAUAUAUAUAUAUAUAUAUAUAUAUAAUAUAAAAAUAACCCAUUAACAGAGUUUCUGUUUAACCCUGCCAAAAGAAUAAGACGCCUGAACUGUUACCUUUUCUUACACUCAAUAGAUUAGACUGUAGAGAGAAAUGAAAGGACACAGAUCACACCUUGGACUAUAUUUCACUGCAGUAGUAGGUAUGUAAUAAACACAUGUAGCAAUCAUUUUAAUUUUGUCAAGCUGUGCCUCAACUGCUAGUCUCGAGACGCCAUGGCUCUAUUUAGAAUCGAAAUGACAAGAUUUACAGAGACUUUCAGAACAGAGGGAAGCUAGAGGUCAUAAAUCUGAUAUUCUUGAAUGCUUGCUGAAUGGAGAAAAGGUCAGGCAUGUUUAGAUUAAUUAUUCUCCCUAAACAAAUCCUCACAGGUUACUUUAGCUAAUGGUACUUCUGUUAAAUAGAGCUGGGUACUGUACACAACAGAUGGUCAGAGGAAACCGAGGCAUUAUGAUAAUGUCAAGUGUAACUGGAAUGACUGUGUGUGAACUACUGUGUUAGAGGGGGGAAAUUAUGAACUGACAGGAUGUAAAUGAUGAAUCACCUAGAGUAUCUGUGGGAUUCUGUUUUAUAUAUGUCAGCAUUUAAAAAGAAAUGCACUUUAAAAGAUGAAAAUGUAUCAUGCAGAUCAAGCUCACGUUCGGUUUUUGUUGUUGUUUUUUGUUUUUAACCUUUUUAUGUGAAAUUUGCAGGAGUCACUCUUUACGGCAAUGGUUUGUUAUGUAAUAUAUUUGUACCUAAAAUGGCUUGUCUUUUUUUUUUUUUUUUUUUUUUUUUUUUUUUUUUGGCCAUGGACAAUAUUUACACUUCUAAAAUUAAAAUAAAAUUUUUUCAGGUAGGUGCUUUUCAGGGUGCAUGCACUGUGCAGUUAUCACAGCUUUGAUUCUGCCAUAGAGCAGCAAGUUGAUCAAGACAAACAGCAGAGUUACAUGAAUCUUAACCAGACCACUGGGCUGAGGGUAGAUUGGUGUGGUGUUGGGGUCAAUAACAUUAUCAUAACAUAAUGACACAAUGUUCUUCCUUUAUCAUGAUUUAAUGUUCAUAAAGAAUUCCUCAGAUAUUCUUUACUGACUAGUGCACUACUAAAUUGAGAAGCUACAUAGUUUGUUGUUUUGUUUUUUUUAAAUGCUGAAAUAAUUUGCAAAAUGUGGUAUAAUACUUGUGUGCAUGAUAUCGUUGGUUUUAUUUCCCCCAAGUUUGCCGAGUUCCGAAGUGAACUGUAGUUUGGUGGUUUGUAAAAUGUAAUUGAGAAAUGGCUUUUCAGUAACGUGAGGCAGAUGUUUACUCCUAAAUGUCAUGAAUGAAUUGCUUGUGAGUGCUCAACUUAUUAUGAAUGUAUGCUCAACUUAUUGUGCAACUUGUCCACGUAUGUGAAGAGCAAUGCUCUUAUUCAUGCUUAAUCAUGUUUAUUAUGGCUGCAUAGAUGAAACAGAAGGAUAUUAUAGUCUGUUAAAUGCUGUUAAGCGCUUGUUAGCCUGAUUUAUUUCUUUCUUUUCGGACUUGAUACGGAAAUUAUAAGACUUAAACAUACCAGUUGAACAAGGGCAAGAAUGAAAUAUAUAUGAGGAGUCGUGUAAACAUUUUUUGAAUAGGCACAAAUCUUGCAGUGAAGAGGAGGCCUAACAUGAACUGUGUUUAAUUUCCCAAUAUGAAUAAUACUACUGUGCUCUUUAGUGCUCUUUUACAAGCUUAAUUAUUAACUUUGAGAAAAAUAUUAACUGCAUUAUGACUUUAGCUAGUGGGCUGAACAGCUCAUAAUGGAGAAUAUUCUUAACAUCCUAGCUUAUUAAUGAGCAUUUUUAAACGCAGUGUCCUCUCAGUUUUCGUCUCAUAUGUGUAAGGUGAAACAUAUUUGAUCUAAAUGAACUGCUCAUGAGCAGACGGAUACUAGCUCCACGCUCGCUGUGUCUCUUUACUCAUAUUACAUGCCUGUAAAACAUUUUCAAGUGUACAGAUUUUGGUUUUAAAUUAAAUGAAUCAUCGAUUAAAGAAUAAUGAUUUUAGCUGUUA